UGCCAUUCGGUGGUGUUUCUGCGCCGCUUGGUAGGCGCUUCCUGAUGACGUUACGGUCUGAUUCCUUAAGUUUGCGAUCGAUCAGCUGUUCCUGCAGACGAGAGAAAUACUGUGCGGGUGCUUGGACACCACCUACUGCACUUUGGUCUUGGCAAGAACUUCUCUUAAAUCAAGCUCUGGCUUGCAUGUUGCUGACGGAAAAUGGCUGAAACCGAAUCCUGUGCUCUGCAUGUGCCACCUCUGGAGGAUAUCUGUGAAAGUUUUAAAAGAGGAUUGGAAAAGAAUUAUGCAGAAGUCCAUGUGACGGUUGUGGAUUGCCCUGAUCUGACACAGAAACCUUAUUGUUUUCCUGUGAAAGGGCUAUGUGGAAAGUCUAGGAUCGCAGAUGUGGGUGGGGUGCCGUACUUGGUGCCAUCUGCACGUCUUGAUAAAGUUUACAAUAUUAACACAGUUGCCAAGAAGAUCAACCUUCCUGGAGCCUACAUAUUGGGGGCUGGUGCAACCUCUCACAAAAGCCUAGGAAUGAAUGCAGAGAUGAUCUUCUCUGUGCAGGCUGAGAGUGCCACCACACCUUCUGUAAAUGAUAAUUACGUUGCUAGUGUUAACCCAGCAGACAGCAGUUGCCUUUUAGAGAAAUACCGGGAUAAGAACAGUGAUGAUGAAUUUGGGCUCCUAUCCAAUCUCUAUGCCAGUGAGGGGAAACCAGGAAAGGUCAUUGAGGUCAAGGUGAAGAGAAGGACGGGACAGGACAAUUUUGUUAGCUGCAUGAGGAAAUCUCUGAAAGAGCAUUAUGGCGAUAACGCUGUGGGGAUCGGAGGAACGUUUAUUAUACAAGAAGGAAAAGCAAAACUUCAUGUUAUGCCUCGAGAAUUCUCUGUCUGUCCUUUGAACACUGAUGAUGAUGUUAAUCGCUGGUUGAAGUUCUAUGAAAUGAAGGCUCCUCUGAUUUGUCAGUCAGUAUUUGUGUCUCAUGAUCCCGGGUUCGACUUACGCCUGGAGCACACCCACUGCUUCAGUCAUCAUGGAGAAGGAGGGCAUUACCACACUGACACAACUCCAGACACCGUGCAGUACCUUGGAUACUUCCAUCCUGCAGAAUUCCUCUAUCGCAUUGACAGACCAUCUGUCACUCAUUUGGUUGGACGAGACUAGGCAGAUCCAGCUUCAAGCAAAUGUUAUAAUAAAAAAUGCCAUGUUUUACAGUUGUGUUUUGAUGAAUCGGAUAUAUACAAAAUACAUUGUAGUGGUCAUCAUGUCGCA